CUCAGUGUCCAAAGGUGCGUUCAAUUAUCCAACUCUGAUGUUAUAUUUUUGCAACUUUAACCGUCAUACGUAGUUCAUAGGGGUGUAUGCGCAAAGUUCAGCGUGUCUUCUCCGUGGUUCAACACUACAAAUGGCUUGGAUUAUCCCCCCGCUGCUGCAAAGGACUGGCGCUGUUUUUUUCUUGCUCGCUGUGAUUCUGACAGGUGAUGCAGUUGCGCAGGUUUUUGACAGCUAUGGAUUAUCUUACGCACUGAGGUCCGAGCUUUCAGAGGACACGAUAUUGGUUGCCAAUAACGGGAUCCGCGUGCCUUUCGGGAGAUCAGUUUUCAUUGAUCCCAUCAACGAUUUGGUUAUUCAAGUUCAGCCUGGCGAUAGAUGCAGCAUAACAGUACUGGACAAUGACCCCUUGUCCCAAAGACCCGGACACCUGUCCCCGAAAAAGUUUCCAUGUGAAUUUGGCCCCAACGACGUGAAGUAUUCCCACUUUGGCUCCAGGAGUCCUCCGAGGGACAGAGUGAGAUUACAGCUGAGGUAUGACACUCAAACGGAUACAAUUAUCAUCCCCUUUAUGAUGGAGGUAGAAGUAAUUUUCACACAGCUGGAAGUCCUCACCAAAAACAUGCCACUCUCUGUAGAUAAACUCCUCGGCAUCAGCAACCCCAUCGACAGGAGGAUUUUAGAGUUCACCUAUGAUAGAGGUGCACAGCAGUGCAAAAUAGCCUCUCUGUCCAGCAGCAGCGUGCUGCCCAGGUAUGGGAAACUUGUGGAUCAGGACAGCCUGGGAACAAUGGUGGACUGUGAUGAAUUUAUUAAAAUGAAUAUUCGCUAUCAGCACACUUUUGCUUUGAAGUCACCCAACAGAGAUUACAUUCCCAUGCUUGUGGAGUUAAAUGAUAAGGAAGGCAAUUUGCUCAAGCAGGAAUUUUUCCAAAUUUUGGUGAGGAUUAAAGGUGGAGAGGAGAACACUGCUCCAAAGCCCAGCUUUGUUGCCAUGAUGAUGAUGGAAGUGGACCAGUUUGUAAUGACAGCCAUAACCAUGGAUAUGCUGGCAGCAGAGGAUGUUGAGUCUAAUCCUGAUGAAUUAAUUUUCAACAUCACAUCCACGCUGUCCUUUGAGGAGGGCUAUAUAGUGAGCACGGAUGAUAGGAAUUUACCAAUAACCACUUUUUACCAAGGAGACCUCAAAGACUUGAAAAUCGCCUACAAGCCCCCUGCUGUGGAUUCAGACACUGAGCGGAUUUUCCAGAUUGAAUUUGAGGUGGUGGACACAGAGGGGGCGGUGUCAGACCCUUUUGCUUUCAUGAUUGUGGUUAAGCCCAUGAACACAUUAGCCCCUGUAGUCACUAGAAAUACAGGCCAGUUACUGUACGAGGGCCAGUCCAGGCCUCUGUCCAGCUCGCAGAACCUGGAAAUCAGCGAUGAGGACAAUUUAGACAAAGUGAGAAUCACUGUUAUUGAUGGGCUGAGGCAUGGAGACUUGACUGUUCUGGGCUCAAGGAGGAAAUUUUUCACCCCGGCUGACCUGGACUCUGGAGUUGUAAUCUAUCAACAUGACGGCAGUGACACUUACAGUGAUAAUAUUAUUUUCAGAAUGACAGAUGGCACCAAUGAGGUGGAGUUUUUGUUUCCCAUUACAGUCGUGCCAACAGAUGACGAGCCCCCCAUAAUCAACGCUAACACUGGUUUGGUUUUAUUCAAAAACCAAAUGAUGCCAAUCUCUUCUCUCAUGCUCAGUGCAGCAGACAUCGACUCAGAGGAUUCCUCUAUCAAGUUCACAAUAGAACCUCCCUUUUCUAAAAUAGGGCAGGUGUUGCUGCGUCAGUCAGAGGCCCCAGAGGACCCGUCAACCUGGAAGUUCAAUACAGAGGAUGAGCUCUAUGAGAAAGUAGUGACUGAGUGGCUGCAGCAGGAUAUCAUAGACGGUAAACUCUUUUACAAGCACAUUGGACCCCACAGCACCGGCACAGUCAUGGAUCACUUUGUGUUUAGAGUGCAAGAUGACAACGACCCCCCAAACCAAUCAGGUGAGAGCUCGUUCAUAAUCAAAAUCCUCCCUGUCGAUGACCUCCCACCUGAACUGUACCCUGGCACAACUCUGCAAAUGACCGUGCACGAGUAUCAGCUUACUUCCUUUCGCAGGAAAUUCCUUCGUUACACUGAUCUGGACUCGGAGGAUCGGGAUCUGAAGUACACAAUCAUUCAGCCACCGACGGAUACAGAUGAGAACAGCCCGAUUGUACUGGGAGCUUUGGUUUUAACUGAAAGGCCAGACACUGAAGUCCACACUUUUACCCAGGCACAAAUAAACCACCAUAAAAUAGCUUACAAACCGCCUGAUCUUGAACUGGGAAUCACCUCUCGUGUUUUGCAGUUCAGGUACACUGUUGAGGAUCUUUCUGGAAAUACAGAAGAAGGAGUUUUCACUAUAUUUUUACAGCCUGUAGACAACAAGCCACCUCAAAUAACAAACUCUGGAUUUACUGUGCUUGAGCGCGGCACACAUAUCAUAACAAGUGCUGAGCUGGACACUUCAGACACAGACACUGACAGCAAACAGAUAUCCUUCACUGUUACUCAGCCUCCACUGCACGGCCAGAUCCAGUAUGUAUUCACCGACAUGACGAAAGGAGACACAUUCAGCCUGGAGGAUAUUGGAAAUGGAAGAAUUUCAUACAUCCAUAAUGGAGAUGAAUCAACUGCUGAUUCGAUUCAAAUUGAUGUCAGCGAUGGGGUCCAUGUUGUCCCGAUUACCAUAAAGAUUAGUGUGAAGCCGAUUGAUGAUGAGAUUCCAACUAUUAGUCUCCCAGCUGGUACAAUUGGCUCCUAUAUAGAUGUGCUGGAAAAUGGAGCAACAGAAAUAACAAGUAAUGUGAUUCAGGGAAGAGAUGAGGACACUGAUGACCUCCGUUUGACUUUUAUUGUGGAGGACCCUCCCUCACUAGGUGAAAUCCUGGUGAAAGGUGUCCCUUCUGGCACUUUCACUCAGGCAGACAUCAUAAACGGCUUUGUAGUCUAUGCUCAUACCAGUGGGGAAAUAGGCUUGACCACAAAGGAGGACUUUUUCAAUCUCACACUGACAGACAUGUCUGAUGAGUGGACGGUUGGAGGGAAUAAGAUCACAGGCGUCAGAGUACAUGUAACUAUUCUACCUCUGGACAGCCAGGCUCCAGAGGUCUUUGUGGGGCCGCAGUUCACUGUUGUUGAGGGAGAGAAGAAUGUCAUUCAAAUACUUCAUAUAAGCACUGAUGAUGUUGACACACCCAGUGAUGACCUCCUUUGUACAAUCAUUGUCCAGCCCACUUCAGGGUAUGUGGAAAAUAUUUCCCCUGCUCCAGGCUCAGAGAAAUCCAGGUCUGGUACAGCUAUCAGUGCUUUCACCAUCAAGGACAUCAGACAGAAUCACAUUUACUAUGUUCAAAGCAUUCACAAAGGAGUGGAGCCGGUAGAGGACAGGUUUACAUUCAGAUGCUCUGAUGGCAUCAAUUUCUCUGAAAGGCACUUUUUCCCUAUCUCCAUAAUUCCCGCUAAUGAUGAAAAGCCUGAGAUUUACAUGAGAGAGUUUGUAGUUAUGGAGGGCAUGAACAUAGUCAUUGACACUCCCAUUCUGAACGGUGCUGAUGCAGAUCUGCCUUCUGAUCAGCUCACGUUCAUUAUCACCAAACCCCCAAGGCAUGGAUUCAUUCUCAACCAGCUCACUACUGGCACUGUGCCGGUCACUAACUUCACCUUGGAUCAGAUCAGGGAGGCCUCCAGCAUUGUGUAUGAGCAUGAUGACUCUGAGACCACAGAGGACAGCUUUGAUAUUGUUCUCACAGAUGGAAAGUUCAGUGUAGAGAAAACAGUGAUAGUCAUGAUUAUCCCUGUGGACGACGAGACCCCGAGGAUGGCUAUUAAUGAUGGCCUUGAAAUUGAGAUAGGUGAUGUUAAAGUUAUAAGCAGCAAUGUUUUAAAAGCUACUGACCUGGACUCUGAGGAUUCAAUGCUUACUUAUAUUAUCCGCUACGGACCAGGUCAGGGGUUUUUACAGAGGACAGCGCCAUCUGGGGCAUUACAGAACAUCACAGUUGGAAUGAACUUUACCCAGAGUGAAGUAGACCAGGGUUUGAUAAUCUACAUUCAUAACGGGCAAGAAGGGAUCCGCGACCUCAUCAAAUUUGAUGUAACAGACGGCAUCAACCCUUUGAUCGACAGAUAUUUCUAUGUCACUGUCGGGGGCAUUGACAUGGUUUUCCCUGACGUGAUCAGUAAAGGCGUAUCCCUCAGAGAAGGCGGCAGAGUGACUCUUACAACAGACUUGCUCAGCACAAGCGACCUCAACAGCCCAGAUGAACACUUAGUUUUCACAAUCACUCGAGCUCCCAUGAGAGGACACCUGGAGUGCACAGACACCCCAGGGAUGCCCAUCUCCUCCUUCACACAGCUCCAGCUGGCUGGAAACAAAAUCUACUACAUCCACACUGCAGACGACGAGGUGAAAAUGGAUAGCUUUGAGUUUGAAGUGACUGACGGCUACAACCCUGUGUUUCGAACUUUCCGCAUUUCCAUCACUGACGUCGACAAUAAAAAGCCCGUAGUGACAAUCCAUGGCCUUGUGGUGACUGAGGGAGAGAACAAACUCAUCACGCCGUUUGAGCUAACAGUAGAAGACAGAGACACUGUUGACCGCCUCUUGAAGUUCACAGUCACUCAAAUCCCAGUUCAUGGUCGCCUGCUCUUUAACAACACCCUGCCUGUCACCUCUUUCACAAAGCAGGACCUGAAUGAGAACAUGAUCAGCUACAAGCACGAUGGCACAGAGAGUGCAGAGGACAGCUUCUCCUUCACUGUUACUGAUGGCACUCACACAGACUUCUUCAUCUUCCCUGACACUGUGUUUGAGACUCGAAGGCCUCAAGUGAUGAAGAUCACUAUCAUCCCAGUUGACAAUGGGGUACCGCAAAUUGUAGUCAACAGAGGGGCCCCAACUUUGAGGCUUCUUGAGACCGGCCACCUGGGGUUUGUGAUAACCAGUAAGACUCUUAAAGCAGAGGACAGAGACAGCAUUCAGGAUAUUGUGACCUUUAGGAUCACCGUUGCCCCAGAACACGGCUACCUGAUCAGCCUGGGCAGAGGAAAUGCCACAAUCACAACCUUCACACAAGCUGAAAUCGAUGACAUGAACAUAUGCUAUGUUCUGAGGGAUGGUGACAAUGCUACAAGUGACAUCUUCUCCUUCUCCAUUGAGGACAGUGGAGGCAACAGACUAAAGAACCAGCAGUUUCGUCUAAACUGGGCCUGGAUCUCCCUGGAGAAGGAGCACUAUGUGGUGGAUGAACAGGUCAAGUUCCUGGAGGUGGUGCUGAAACGCCGAGGCUACCUGGGGGAGACCUCCUUCGUUAGCAUUGGCACGAAGGAUGGCACAGCAGAAAAGGACAAAGAUUUCCGGGGGAAGUCACAAAAACAGGUGCAGUUUAACCCCGGGCAGACUACAGCCACCUGGAAAGUGCGGAUCCUGUCAGAUAAUGAGUAUGAAGUGUCAGAGAACUUCCAGAUCGUUCUGUCUGAGCCGGUGAUGGCUGCACUUGAAUUCCCAGAGGUUGCUACUGUGGAGAUCCUGGACCCUGAUGAUGAGUCAACAGUGUUCAUCCCCUCGGCUACAUACAACAUAGAUGAGGACAUCGGUGAGCUGCUCAUUCCUGUGCACAGGAGUGGAGAUGUGAGUCAAGAGCUCAUGGUCGUCUGCUUCACACAGCAAGUUUCAGCCACAGGCACCAUCCCAACUGCAGUUCUCUCCUACUCUGAUUACAUCUCCAGGCCUGAGGAUCAUCACAGCAUUGUGCGCUUUGACAAGGGAGAGGAGGAGAAAACCUGCCGCGUGGUUAUCAUAGAUGACUCUCUGUAUGAGGAUGAGGAAAGCUUCAAUGUCACCCUCAGCAUGCCCAUGGGGGGCCGUCUGGGCUCAGAGUUCUCCACAGCCAGAGUCACAAUUAUGGCCGAUAUGGAAGACGCUCCCGUCUUCUACUUUGGCAACACCGACUACCACGUGGAUGAAAGCGACGGCUUCGUGGAGGUACAGGUGUGGAGGACGGGGACUGAUCUUUCCAAAGCAGGAACCGUCACCGUUCGCUCCAGAAAGACGGAUCCCGUCUCCGCUGAGGCUGGUGUGGAUUACGUUGGGAUCAGCCGGAAUCUGGACUUCGCACCGGGGGUCACCAUGCAGACAAUUCGUGUGACCAUCCUGGAUGACCUGGGCCAGCCGGUGCUGGAGGGGCCCGAAAAGUUUGAGCUGGUGCUCCGGAUGCCCAUGAACGGAAUCCUCGGGGAGCCGAGCAAGGCCACCAUCCUCAUCAACGACUCUGUGUCAGACUUGCCAAAGGUGCAGUUCCGUGAUCCUGUGUAUGCGGGCAACGAGAACUCUGGGCAGAUCUCAGCUACUGUUUACCGGAGCGGUGAUAUCAGCUACAAAUCCACAGUGCGCUGUUACAGCAGGCAGGGGACAGCUCAGGUCAUGAUGGACUUCAAUGAGAGACCCAACACAGAUGCUUCUAUCAUCACUUUCUUACCAGGAGAGGUUGAAAAGCCUUGUGUACUGCUACUAGUUGAUGACACAGAGCAUGAAGAGGAGGAAGAGCUGCGUCUUGUGCUGGGAAGCCCCAAGAGUGAAUCUCCCUUUGGAGCAUCUAUUGGCGCUCAGAAUGAAACGCUCAUCAAGAUCAAAGAUGACGCUGACAAGGCCAUUAUUAGGUUUGGAGAGAUCAAAUUCAGCGUGAACGAGCCAAAGGAAAGCGGCCAAAUCUCUGUCGUGAGGAUUCCUGUGCUGCGUGUCGGAGACACAUCCAAGGUCUCUGUGGUACGAGUCCACACUAAAGAUGGCUCCGCUACCUCCGGGGAAGACUACCAUCCCAUAUCUGAGGAAAUAGUUUUCAAAGCCGGCGACACAGAGCACUUUGUGGAGGUGGAGAUUUUAUACGACAGCUUCAGAGAAAUGAGGGAGGCGUUCACUGUGCACUUGAAGCCUGAUGAGAACAUGGUUGCAGAGACAAAGAUGAGUAAAGCCAUCAUCUAUAUAGAGGAGAUGAACAGCAUGGCAGAUGUCACUUUCCCCUCGGUGCCAAAAGUGGUUUCUCUGAUUCAUUACGACGACAUCGAAAGAAGCAGAGACUCUCUACCCAUCGCCGGAUACCCUGUCAUUUGUGUCACUGCCUGCAAUCCAAAGUACCCAGACUAUGACAAAACAGGCUCCAUCUGUGUGAGCGAGAACAUCAACAACACCUUAACUCGUUAUCGUUGGCUUGUUAGCGCCCCCACUGGCCCUGAUGGUGUCACCAGUCCUAUGAGAGAAGUUGACUUUGAUACUUUCUUCACCUCCUCCAAGCUCAUUACUCUGGACUCGGUCUACUUUCAGGCCGGAUCCCGGGUACAGUGUGCUGCGAGGGGCGUGAACUCUAACGGGGAUGAAGGUUUGGAGCUCAGCAGCCCCAUUGUGUCCAUCAGCAGGGAUGAGGGAAUGUGCCAGCCACGUGUUUUGGGCACAGUAGGGGCCGAGCCAUUUUCUGCUAAGCUGCGGUACACUGGAACAGAAGACACAGACCAUCCCAACCUCAUUAAACUGACUGUUACCAUGCCUCACAUUGACGGUAUGCUGCCUAUCGUAUCGACCCGGCCCCUCUCCAACUUUGAGCUCACGUUGAGCCCCGACGGCACCCGUGUCGGAAACCACCGCUGCUCCAAUUUGCUGGACUUCUCCGAGGUCAAGACUCGCCACGGCUUUCUUACUGAAGCCACGAAAAAUCCUGAAGUAAUCGGCGAGACGGCUCCUUACCAGUACAGCACUUCCCUCAGGGGCUCCGGUACGCUCCGCUUCUACAGAAAUCUCAACUUGGAGGCCUGUCUGUGGGAGUUCAGCAGCUACUACGACAUGUCUGAGCUGCUCAGUGACUGUGGAGGCACCAUCGGGACUGAUGGACAGGUGCUGAAUUUGGUCCAGUCCUUUGUGACCUUACGAGUCCCCCUGCAUGUGUCCUAUGUGUUUCACUCCCCUGUGGGAGCAGGAGGCUGGCAGCACUUUGACUUACAGUCGGAGCUGAGGCUCACAUUUGUGUACGACACUGCCAUCUUGUGGAGGGAUGGUAUUGGUAGCCCGCCAGAGGCUGAACUACAAGGAGCUCUGUACCCUACCAGCAUGCGUAUAAAUGGACUGGGACGACUGGUUGUCAACUUCCGCACUGAGGCUCGAUUCAGAGGCCUGUUUGUUUUUUCACAUCCAGCUUCCCCUCUCACUUCAAUGGUCAUGUGUCCGGACCACCCUGGUUUGACCUUUAACCUUAGUCUUGUAAGGAAUGAGCCGACCUACAACCAGCCAAUCCAGCAGUGGACAUUUGUCUCUGAUUUUGCUGUGCGUGACUACUCUGGCACAUACACAGUGAAGCUGAUCCCCUGUACCUCCCCUCCCAGCCUUGAGUAUACCAUCCCACCUAUCUGCAAUCCCAGAGAGCCUCUUACCUUUGACAUGGACAUACGCUUCCAGCAGGUCAGCGACCCCGUGGCUGCAGAGUUCAGUCUGAACACACAGAUGAUCUUACUCUCUAAACGGGCGCUUUGGCUCUCCGACGGCUCCAUGGGUUUUGGACAGGAGAGUGACACUGCAUUUUCACAGGGGGAUACCAUCUAUGGCAGAGUGAUGGUGGAUCCAGUGCAGAACUUGGGCGAUUCUUUCAUCUGUAACAUCGAGAAAGUAUUCCUGUGUACUGGAGCUGAUGGAUAUGUCCCCAAAUACAACCCUAGCAACUUUGAGUUUGGCUGCUUGGCUGAUGCUCCAUCACUUCUCUACAGAUUCAAGAUCAUUGACAAAGCCCAGCCAGAGACUCAGGCCCGCUCAUUUGGAAAUGUAGCGUUCAACGCCUUCCUAGCAGUGGAUGACUCCGGUGCUUUAGCUCUAGUGAGACAGCCUGGGUCCGAUGGUUUCAGAAUGGAUUCCUCUGCUCUCUUCCAGGUGUCUGCAGGCAGGGAGUGGUUUAUUCACACCAUCUACACUGUCCGUUCUCGGGACAACGCUAACCGCGGCAUAGGCAAGAGGAGCCUUGAGUACCACGUUAUAAACCAACACACAAAUCUGCCUCCAAAGGGUCAGCAUCGCAGCAGAAGAUCAGCCAAUGAUGUGCCGGACAUCAUAGAGGAUAUCGGUGUCAAUAACAACCGCGGCACCAACAUCCUCCACAUCGCGCUGGACCACAGCAGCCAGCGGAGGACAAGCCCAGAGAGGGAGCUCUUCACCAAAGGGAUCAUCCCUCGGGAGCUCAACCAGAGGGACGACAGUGACGAUAAACUAGUGCUGAUCAUCGGGAUCUUUGUGGGCCUGCUCCUCACAGUGCUCAUCAUCAUCCUGGCGGUGUUAUUGAUCCGGUCCAAGCGAGAGAGGAAAGAUGUACCGAAGAGCUCGAGCAGCAGAGAGCCCAUGAUGACACAAGCGGUCAGUAACAGUGACAGCUCCGAGGUCUAACUAACGGACUCAUGGCUGAGAGUUUUAGUUGAUAUUUUUGUUUUGCAAGUGCCUCACAUUUAGAUAAAAAUUGAUGAUUGUGUGAAGCAACACAAACAAGAGCUUUGAUUCCAUUAAAAAACAUACUUGAAAUAUUGCAUCUCUUCCACAGCUGGGGAGUGACUGGGAUGCUCACUUGGAUACAGACUUUGUCAGCAGCUGUUUCAUGGCACUUGUCACAUUGUCAGCACUCCAUUUUUGAUUUGCUUUUGAUGCCACUUUAUCCAAAAAAUGGUGUUACUAUGUUUCCAAAGGUGCUAUAGAAGAUGCCUCCUAACUUAAAUGGCAUUCGGUUUACUGAGUAGGUUGAGAAAAGUUUAUCAUACUGUAGUUUAACAGCGGGCUUUGUGUGUUUGAUUUGCAGCAUAAUGACACUGAACAUAGUUUUUCUUACACUGGACUUGUCAUUAUAAGGAUAAAGAUACCGUGGUUAAUCAUAAGAUACAGUGCGUGCCUAAGAAAUCAACUCAUUUUGAGGUUUUUUAUUGUAUGUCAUGUUUGUCCUGGGUCGGUAAAACAUUUCUUGACAUUGUUUUCUUGUGCUUAUGUUUUUGCAUGCGUUUAUUUUGUGUCUUAGCAUUGUUUAAAAUUGUGAAAAAAAAAAAAAAAAUUUAAAUGAUGAAAAACGCAUCUAAUCUACUGUAUUUCCAACAGUUUCUGCAUUUUAAAGCAUACCAUAUAUCAUCAAAACAGUAUUUAUCCGUAGCCAAUAGUCAAGUUUCCCUUAAUAUUAAGUUUUGAUUCAACAUUUUAAGACCUUAUAACAACAUGAUACUAAAUCAAAUAAGCAAAUUGAAACCGUUAGGAUUUGUAGAGUUAAAGCAACUUUCAAGACAGCUGGUCUGCAAUGUACAGUGUAGUAUAGUAGUGGUUCCACAUCUUCUUUUUCCAACAGAGACUACUUUUGCUUUCUAACAGGUGACUACUGUAGCUUAGUGUAGACAGCAGGGGCUCCAGAUCACUCCAACAACAGGGCUACUGUAUGUGCUGUUGAGUUUUAAACCUGGAAAAAUCCUCUAAGUUUGGCUGAUUUUACUUAAAGGGAAUGUAAUGCUUUACCCAUAAAUCAUUGUUUUUAAAGUCAGAACUGCUGUUCUAUCCCUGGUUCAUAGUUUUAGGUGUAUUUAUUUAUUUUUUAAUGCUUAUUAUGUUUUGCUGCAAUAAAUCAUACAUCAUUUCUUCUCUAAUUUAGUUUUAAACCUAUCCUUCUCAAACUGUAUUGUACAAACUGUCCCUUGUUUGUCGUUGAGAUUUCAAAUUACAAUCCUCAUACAGAGCAUUCAGAAAGAAUUCAGACCCCCUUUGCUUUAGUCAAUUUUGUUAUGUUGCAGCCUGAUGCAAGACGAUUAAAUUCAUUUUUAUUCUCAUUACUCUACAC